CCCAGGGUCUGCCCCUGUCGCCGCCGCCACUAACCGGGGGCGCCGGGGCCCCGGCUGGGAUGGUGCCGCGGAUGCCGGGGCUACCGCCCCCGGGCCUCGGACUCCUGGGCCAGCUGGGCGGCAUGCUCAGCGCUCACCACGGCUCGCCGCUCGAGCUCAUGGCGGCGCACCACGCGGUCAUGCCGCCGAGGAACUACAACAGCCCACCCCCAAUAAGCUCGAGCGACCCCACUGCGAACGAGUGUAAGCUCGUCGAUUACCGCGGCCAAAAAGUCGCGGCUUUCAUAAUAGCCGGGGACACGAUGCUAUGUUUGCCUCAGGCAUUCGAGCUCUUCCUUAAGCACCUCGUCGGGGGCCUGCACACCGUAUAUACCAAGCUCAAGAGGCUCGACAUCGUGCCGCUUGUCUGCAACGUCGAGCAGGUCCGGAUUCUUCGUGGCCUCGGCGCCAUACAGCCCGGCGUCAACAGAUGUAAGCUCCUCAGCUGCAAGGACUUCGACGUGCUCUAUAGGGACUGCACGACCGCCAGGCCGGGGAGACCACCGAAGCGGGCUUCCGUCAGUCUCAGCCUCGCCGCUAGUCAUUUGGCCGCCACGGCCGGCCACCACGCGCAUCAACUCAAGAAGCACCGCCUGGACAAUGGCGAUUAUUAUGAGAACGGACAUCUCGAAGUGCCGCGACUGGAGAAAUCGCCGCUGCUGGCGAACGGUUACAAUCAUCCACCGACGCAUCUGAGCCACAUGCAGUUCAUGCAGUUGGGCGGCCACCCAGGUGCCGGUCACACGGCGAUCCUGUCCCCGGCGAGUCUGCCUCAUCACCUACAGGCUCAGGCCCAGGCGAGGGCUGCCGAGCAGGGCCUCAAGGUAAACCACAACAUGACCAACAUCGAGGCGCUCGCGAGGGCUGGCGUUUGGGACAACUGUCGAGCAGCCUAUGAGGACAUCGUCAAACAACUCGAAAGAUUAAGGGAUGAGCGCGGUGAGACAGAAAGAGCACUUGCCUUGGAUCAUAAACAACGGGACCACAGCUCGCACAAUGGUUCGUCAAAUGGUCACAGUCCAGUUUUGAAUCUUUCGAAAACCGCUGGAAGCGGUAGUGUUGGAGAGCACUCCGGAAGCGAGGCAGGCGCGUCGCAUCGUUCACAAGAUGACGAAGAGGAAGAGGAUAAUCUAUCCGAGGAUCUUGAAGACGAAAACGAAAAAGAUGAAGACAUGUCGGACGUACCGGAGAACCUGCCGCUGGCGGCGCCCGGCUCCGAGAGCCCACAGGCCUUGAACUACUCGCAGAUCGCUUCGGCGGCGGUGGCGGUCUCCCAGGCCGGGGGACAGGAUCCAAGUGCUGUAUCCAGUACGGAGAACUUGCUGAGGAACAUUCAGGGCCUGCUGAAGGUCGCGGCGGACAACGCGCGUCAGCAGUAAAAGCAAAUCAACUACGAGAAAGCUGAACUUCAAAUGGACGUUUUGAGGGAACGGCAAGUCAAGGACAAUCUAGAACGUCAAUUACAAGAUGAGCAGAAGAUCAGAGUUAUAUGUCAGAAGCGUUUGAAAAAAGAACGUCGGGCAAGGAAACAAAUACAAGAUCAAUUAGAUCUGGAGAUCAAACGACGCGCACAACUUGAAGAGGCACUGAAAGCUACAGGAGCUUCCCUAGAGCAAGUCAGAGCAAUUACAGAGAGCGUCAGCGUCGAGGCUUCCCGGACCAGUGUGGAGCCGUCCGACGAUUCGCCAACGCACUCUUCUCAAAUUGGGCCCCAACCGGCUCAGGGUUCUCAAUCCUCCAACUCUCAGUCGUCCACGCACCAGCAGCAGCAGCAGCAACAACAUCAGCAGCAAGGUAAUCCUCACAAUCAACAGCAGCAACAGCAGCAGCACCAACAGCAGCAGCAAAAGCAGCAGCAACAGCAGACAGUCCAGGCCCAGCAGUACAGAGACACGUCGCAGACGAGCUCGCGAUCCUCCUCCCAACAACAGCAGCAACAGCAGCAGCAGCCACCAACGCCAGAGAAACCCGGUUGGGGUUACAGUGGACUCGAUCUCAUAGGCAGUCAAGCCACCACCUUCUGGCAAAACUACCAAGAUUCUUUGGCAGAGUUUGAAUUUGAAAGAAAAUCGCGCCAACAUCCAGCAGCCGACAGGGAUCAAGUCAAGUCUCCACUUCAAGAGUCACGAGCUGGCUAUUACAAGAACUCGGUUCUUUUCACGAGCGCAACCUAGAAACGAUCGCACUUAGUAAAAGCGCAAUAAAUGUAGCAACGCUUGAUGUACAUUGACUC